AUGCCGCCGACGAACAACCCCGGGAAGAACACGGAGGCGAAAGCCGAAACCAUGAUCCUUCUAGUGUUGAAACCAGCACUUCUCUGGUAUCGAGUUCCGAUGUCUGCUCUCCUAGAGACUCAGUGGGGCACUAAUCUCUGCACCAACCUCGACAAGAACCACCCCGUCCUUUUCCUCGAGAGCUUCACUCCUGCCGUCUUCGGGUACUACGUGCUCUGGCUCCUCGACGCGCCUCUAUUCCCCUACGUCGACCUCUCUCGCCCUUUCAAAGGGUUCGACGCCACCAUGUUCACUCUCAUCUACAACAUCCCCACGCAUGUUCACCACCCUGAAAUCACCAUGCUCACCAUGUCCGACGAGUCGCUUGACAACGAUCCGUCAACCACCGGGGAGUCUAGGAGGUUGGUAUUCGCUUACUUUCUAGGGCAGAACAUUGGCGACGUCCACUUCCAAGACGCCAUCAUGAACACCAUCAUCAAAUACUUCCGCGCUAACCAUCCACCGCCAGUCAGCUUCGUGACAAACGUGUACCAAAACUCAGCCAUUGGACGCGUCUCCGGUCUGCAGAAGUUCCUCAUCGACUACUACAUCUGGGCUUGCGUGCCCCCGGAGGAGGGCCGGCUUCCUUACAUCUGCGACUUCGCUAACGUCGACCCGAGCCAGGUUCCGCCGCUGAGUGCCUACCCAGCCGCGUUCAGACAGCAGGUCACCGCGACACUGAGGGACAACGUCACGCAGGACAUCGUCGAUCCCGGCGCUCUGCUCAGGCCACAGGUCCCCGUGGUCGCAUGGGCUCUGAUCAACCGGACUGAGCCGCGAGGCGCCGUGGUCGAUUUCGCCGGGCUGCAAGCCUUUCUGUGCAACGCUCGUCAAGGAACCCUCAAGUGCCGGUACCACCACCACUCGCGCAACCAGCCAUGCCACAACAUGCUUGUAGACGACACGCCUGUUGUUGGGCCCGUGAAUCCUGGGACCCGCAACCUUGCCUUGUUCGUUUCCCCCUCGCAGUGA